ACAAGAAGAAAACAGUGGCAACACUAUAAAAUAUACCUUCAACGAGAAAGAUACAAAUAACCUUAAAUAACGUCCGUAACAGCCGCAGGGAAACCAACAGAAAGACGUUUGCUUAAACCAUGCCUAAAAAGAAGGACAUUGUUAAAGGUGGUGCUCCUAUCGCCAGGAUUCGGGAGAACUCGAGACUGAUGCGCACGCACGAAUCCGUGGUAGAUUUCAUAAAUGGACGUCAUUCUGCAGGCUCUAUCCUGGAUGUCUUUGCCUCUGGAUUAUUAGGUUUAGAUUUUUUGAGGACCUUUGAGGGAGAACUGGACGACAUGGUGUAUUCUGACGAGGACUAUGAUGUUGACGAAGAUGAAGACGAUCGUCACGUUUAUGCACACACUGCUGCUUACAAGCAUUUAGAACCACAUCCCCGAAUAAAACAACUCACCGACGAGGAGGCUGAUAAACAUGCAAAGGAACUGAUAGAAGAAGAGGAACGACGUAAGGACAAAACCGAGAAGAACAAGCGGAAGAAAUUGCGUAAAAAAGAAAAGAAGCGGUUAGACAAGAAGAAUGCAGUAAAAGACAUUUUAGCUGAGGAAGAAAUGGGGAAGUCGGACUCCUCGGACAAUCCGGCAGAAAAUCUUGUAAUUGAAAGUAAUGCAGAAGCAAAUGAUUGUCCUGAAUCUGGUCCAACACUGAAUGGAACGGAGGCAGCUGGACGCCAUGAGAAAAGUGCUAAUAAUAAAGAAGAAGAUCUUGCGGAGAUUAAUAAAACAGAAGAUGGGGAGCAAAAGGAUUUGGAUUUAAACAAUUCUAAUUCUUCUACAACAAAAUUGGAAACGUGUAACGAGAGACCUGCGAGAGAAAGAAAAAAGAAGAAAACUAAAUUACUGGAAGUUCCGCAGUCCAACGAGGAAAUGCAGAGAGUGGUGGAGAAACCUGAGGUUCAUAAGAAGAAGGAAGAGAAACAUGAACCCAAUAAAGAGGAAAUCAUGGACCACGCAGAAGAGUCGGCCAAGAGAAGCCGAGAGCUGGCUGGUUUUGGAAAUCGUUUGGCGGCCUCCGGACAGUACGAGACGGCCGUGAGAUGCUUCACCGACGCCAUUAAAUACAGCCCAAAGGAAUUUAAGUUAUUUGGAAAUCGGUCCCUGUGUUAUGAGAGACUGCAGCAGUAUGGGAACGCUCUCAGGGAUGCUGACAUAGCACUCUGCAUGCAGCCAAGCUGGAUAAAAGGUUUAUUUAGGAAAGGGAAAGCUCUCUGUGGGCUCAAGAGAUACUACGAGGCCUCGCUGAUCUAUAGGGAAGUGUUGGAGCUGGAAGGUUCCAGCGCUGAAGCCAUGCUGGAGCUGAAACGAGCGCAGACCCUGCACCUCAUGGAAAUGGGGUUCACCUGGGGGCAGAGCUCGGAGGCCUUGAAAACACACGCCACGAUGGAGCAAGCUGUCGAAGCUCUGUUUGGUGAUGGAAGUGAUCCGGGUCCUGGAGAUGCCGGUGCCAGUUGGGACAAAACGGAGCAACCAGUGGUGUGGGAGGAGAACUACGACGAGGGAGAGUGGGAGUUCGUCCUCCAAACAAACCGUCCCAGAAUGCAGCAGGUCAAAGAGUCCGAAGCUUUUGAGCAAAGCAGAUCGAAAUCACAGUCUCCGACGCCUCGCUCAAAGACUUCUGUGAAACCAGACAUUUUCUCCAUCUGGGUCGGAUCCUUGGCUCCUGCUGUCACCUACUCGACGCUCCACGAGCUCUUCAGCAGAGCCGGGACGGUCUGCAGCAUCAAGAUGCUGCUGGAGCACCAGUGUGCCUUCGUCAACUACACCAGGAAGGAGGACUGUGACCGAGCCAUCCAGUGUAUCAAUGGGAUGGUGGUAGAGGGCGCUCCGCUCUCAGUGCGAUAUCCCAAUAAGUUCUUCACUGGACUCGGUUUGUCCAAAUCAGCCGCCUCUGAGCCCUUUCCACGCCUCAGCCCGUACAAGAAGGAGUGCUUCUUCUGGAGGACCACGGGCUGCACGAGGCAGGACUGCACCUUCCGACAUGUGGCAGAGCACAGGAACAUCGACAAGGACAAAUUCACCAGCAGGCUGGGAAGCACCAACAUGUAGGCCAUCAGAGAUGAAACGCAUGCAUUGUUUCCUUUGACACGUGACACAGUGGUGGUGCCGC